ACGCAGACCUCAGACCAGCCCAUCUCGCCUCACAGUCCACUCCGUCUCAUCCCGGUGUCCUAAGAGCAAUCUGAUCUCAGAUCGGCGGAGCGCGUCUCCCCCUCCACACUUACGAGCUUUUGGGACUCAGACCAGAGGAAAUCGUGUGCCGUCGGCAGCCAGGUCGACUCGGCACGCCAAGACUCAUCCACAGCAGACCGCGGCGAGCGAACGGACCAAGGAGGCAGCGACCGCGAGAAGAAGGCUGGUUAGGAGGAUCCACGGAGGAGUUUAACGCAGAAGCACAUCCAGGCGGAGGGAGAGAGCAAGAGGACUGAGCGGCGACGGCGGCUGCGUACGGAGUAGUAUUACGCUCAGCUAAUUUCCAGCGUUUUCCCUUCUUGGCAGCGACCGUGUGCUCCCAGAGCCACAUCUAUAAAGAGAGCUAGCGGAAUGUAAUGCUAGCGAGCUAGCUAAUGGUGGCUAGCUAAUUAGCUUGUCAGGCACCCAGAGCAGGACGUGGGGGUCUUUAUUAAAAUAGGUCGCAGUUUGGCGUCAUUUCACUUUUUUUUUUUUUUUUUUACGCUGUGGAAAAGGCUCGUCUUUUUUUUUUUGUGUGUUGUUGUUGACAGGACAAGAUUCUAGCGUGGUCACAUUAUGGUCCGUCUCUCAUAGCCAACGCCAAGUUAGACAAUAAGCAGCGCGAGCUUUUCCAUAUUGAUGAAAAUCUGGUCGUUAUUAUCCGUCCGAGUCUUCAGCGAACCUCGAGCCGCGAAGGAGAAAACAAAGGAUUGAAGAGGAGGAAAAAGAGAACCAGACUUUUGAUCAGUGACUGCCAACCCCCCCUCCAACCCCCCCAUCCGUCCAAUGUUAAUGUCGACCGACGUUGCAUCUUUAAUGCUGCCCGUUAACCGGGGAAUCAUGGAGCGCGAGAGGGACCUCGAGACCGCCGGAGCGCACCCGAGCGCGGCCGCGGGUCCGGCGGUCGUCCGGGGGAUGAAGCGCGGAGACCCGGAGCCCGACGCUCAGACCGCCGCUGCCCUGACUGACCUGGCCGGGGCGGAAUGCAAGAGACCGAGGAUAGACGGCUCCGGGAGCGUGCUGGGUGACAUCGGACAGAACAACGAGCCUUUAAACCCCGGUUUCCAUGGAUAUGCACCUCACAGUCAGGGCUCCCAGGACUCAACCGGAGGACAGGAGGGUUUAGUGGCCCCACCCUUUACAACUUUCCCUCCUCCACCCCCUCCUCAAAACGGCCUGCCGGGAACGGAGUUUGGCCCGGGGGCCAUGUUCGGUGCUGCGGGCCAAGGUGCAGCAGAGGUGGGAGCCGGUGCUAAUGGAGCCGUGACUACAGCCAACACCAAUGUAAAGGUGGACGAGACAUCUCAGGGUGAGGCGGGUGCACAGUGUUCUGCAGGAGGUACAGGAGCAGGAGGUUCGACAGGAGACUCUGGAGAGGCCAAAGGGACCCCCAAACGCCUCCACGUCUCAAAUAUCCCUUUCCGCUUUCGGGACCCAGACCUCAGGCAGAUGUUUGGGCAAUUUGGGAAGAUUCUGGAUGUAGAGAUUAUUUUCAAUGAGAGGGGUUCAAAGGGCUUCGGCUUUGUGACAUUUGAAAACAGCGCAGACGCAGAGAAGGCCAGGGAAAAGCUCCACGGCACGCUGGUGGAGGGGCGUAAGAUUGAGGUGAAUAAUGCCACCGCCAGGGUGAUGACUAACAAGAAAAUCGUCAGCCCUUACCCUAAUGGAGAGGCUCUCAGCACGCUGCCCUAUGGGUGGAAACUAAGUCCCAUGGUGGGAGCUGUGUAUGGACCAGAGAUCUACGCAGUCCCCGGUUUUCCCUACCCAACUGCAGCAGCGGCGGCGGCAGCCACAACAGCAGCAGCAGCUUUCCGCGGCGCCCACCUCAGGGGCCGAGGCCGGCCCGUCUACAGCGCCGUCAGGGCUGCCGUGCCUCAGCCUGCCAUCCCAGCCUACCCUGGCGUGGUGUAUCAGGAUGGGUUUUACGGAGCUGCAGACUUAUAUGGAGGCUAUCCUGCUGCUGCUGCCGCCGCUGCCGCCGCGUAUCGCUACGCCCAGCCUGCUGCCGUAACCGGUGCGACCGCAGCCGCAUACAGCGACAGUUAUGGCCGAGUAUACACUACAGAUCCGUACCACGCUUUAACUCCAGCUGCUGCUGCUUACGGAGUGGGAGCCAUGGCUAGUUUAUACCGGGCGGGAUACAGUAGGUUUGCUCCUUACUAAAGCCACAAAACCGCUUCCAAGGAAUUCCACUUUGGUCCAAAACUCCCUCUGAAGCUCCGCGUUUGGCAGGAGCUCCCCUCCAUUUUAUCUGCAGGCAGACUAUAGUAGUGACAGCUCACCUCUUACUUUUUUUUUCCCUCUCUUCCUCUCUUUCAUUUUGUGGCCUCUGCCACAUCACCAAAACCAAACCGUCUCUGUAACUUUUUCUGUCGGGAAGAAAAACCAGGAAAAGGCCCGCCAUGAGUGUCUCCCACGUAUGAAGCUGGAGCCUGCCGAUUUGAACUUCAGAGCAGGAUUUGGGAUUGUUUAAAUGAAAAAAGAAAAAAAAAAAGAAAUUAAUAUACACACACUACAGGACUCAGACGGUAAGGGACCUCGGUUCCGCUGCGACCCGAAACACUACAAGCCCUUUUUUCUUCCCCUAUGAGCUGCCCUGUAACACACAACCCGGCCCAUUUUACAGCUCCAUUCAGCACCAAGUAUCCUGUUUUUGUCUCCCAGUGUUGGACUGAACUGAACGGCUGAGAUGCUACAGCACUAAUGUACAAAGGUACUUUUGUUUUUAAACACUACAUUGACAUUUACACGGAGCAUAGACCCACCGCAGUCGUCUUUCUGGCUUAUCAGUGAUCCAGUGAUGGGGGAGGGAGGUGAAACGAAGUACUUGAUUCAGGAGGUAUAGGAUUUUAUCCGUUGUUUUUUUUUUUUUUAUUCUUUAUUUCAUUUCGAUGAUGGGAAACCACUGCUUUGAGCUAUAUUCCACUGCAUUCUUUGUCAUUUUCAUUCAAUAUGUUCAAGAAAACCCAAAAAUAAGAUAAUCAGUUCUCCAAAUCAUUUGAAAGUGACAAGGAAAGACACUUUUUUUUCUGCAUUACCUCAGUUUUUUUUUUUUUGGUUUACUACCAUUAAUAAGAAGCUGAAUAGAGACCUUGUGAUUUAAAAAAAAAAAAAAACCUCUGUUCUGCAACAGGGUUGUUUUCUUCAGUAAUUACUCAUCAGUAGCCGUUGUGAUUGCAAUUGUGUUCAUUUUGAAAGUUCAGCGCGCUUCCCCCUUGUCGCUUUUUUUUUUUUUUUUUUUUGCUCCUUCCAUCUCAAACAAGAGGAAGGGAGAAAAAAAAGGAGCCCUGUACAUUUCCGUGUCCUUGACCGUGAAGACAUUCCAGCGGCAGCGAAUGGGCGGAUCAGAUGGACAAAAUGCAGCAGAACUCAAAGGAGAAAAGGUGCAGCCAAGCAGGAGCGAAAUACAAGGGAAAUCAUUUGUUUUUACGCUGCAGAACAAUCUGCACUACAAUCCAGCAGCAUGUAGAGAUCCCAGUAAUAUUAUGAAGUAGGAAUAAAAAUAGGAUUUCAUCACUAGCUUUCUGUAGUUUAAAGCUCCUCAUCAUGUUGUUUUUGAUUUAUUUGCUUCCGGUGACUCUGAAGGCGUCAUGAAAACAGCGGACUACCAAGUUCCCCCGGCUGAAUCUCGCUAUAUUACUGCUAUUAUUUGCUUUUCUUAUUUGUUGGGUUCCAAAGAUUAUUAUUCUUUUUUUUUUUUUUUUAAAAAGAUGUCACAUGUUUUUUUUUUUUUGGUCCUCAUGUAUUUCUUCUUUCUUCAUGUGUGUUUUUAUUUUCAUUUUUUUUUGCUUUCACUUUUGCAAUACUUCACCCAGUGGGUUGAGGCUGUAUCCUGCUGCGGCCCGGGAAAUGUCAUCGAAGCAAAAAGAAUAAGUGUUAAAAGGUUGCAGUGAUUUGCAUACAUGAAAGGAAUUUGCUUCUCACCUUUAAUUUAUUAAGGAUUGUUUUGUUUUCUUUCUUUGGUGGGGUGGGGGUGGGGGGGGGGUUCUUGCACAUUGAUGUGCUUGCAGAGGAAAAUGCAUUCAUACAGAAAGACAGGUAGAAGUGAGAGGAUGCAGGGUCCAAGGCUGUCCACCUGUAGUGACUGAUAAACCGGCAUGUGGGCGGCGAAGGUGAGGAGCGGAGUCCAUUAAUCAUUAGCUGACAGAACAACAACGCCCCCCCCCGUUGAUUUUCUGGGGGGAGGUGAUACGGCACGCUCAAGGCGGAAGGGACCAGCAUGACGAGAGGCGUGCCAUUCUUUUUGUUUUUCUCGUAUGAUUGUGAAACUGUGUGCAGUAGGUCCAAUGAGUAUUUUUGACGAGCAUUACCUCCUUUUUUUUCCCUUUUUUUUUUUUUUUUUGUCUUACUGUUCCUUACGAGUAUUAUCAGAAGUGUUGCUAUGCAUGCUCUUGCGAGAGAGGAAGGGUUUCGGUCUUUAUAUAUAUAUAUAUAUAUAUAUAUAUAUAUAUAUAUAUAUAUAUAUAUAAUUUUUUUUAUUUGUGCAUGAAUUCAAAUCCUAGUGCUGGAGGAGUGUUUACGGAGCAGGAAGAGGGGAGAGCUUUUGCGAUGUGAUGCGCGGCGACGGGAGUGACGGGGAAUGUUAGGGAAGGUCCGGCGUGACGUGUUCAGACGGAACCGGAGAAGACAGGAUGGCGAGUUCAGUCCUCUGCAGUAAUCUGGGGGCUCUCUGCCCCGUGCCUCUGUCGUGGUGGUGGUGGUGGUGGUAAACUCCGGUCGUUUUGGAUGUAAAGUUAAAUCUGGUUCAUCUAGCUGCUGUAUGAUUAGAGCCUGGCACACACACAGACCCCUGCAUAGAGUCCAGCUCACUCACCCAGCUGGCAGAUGCUUUGUUUCCAGGUCCUGUAAAGGGCAGCUGCAGGGACAUGAUGUGUUUGCGUGUUCUCAUAUCUGCUAAUUGGGGCAAAUCGUAUUUGGAAAGCUGCAAAAAAGACGAAACACACACACAAAAGCACAGUGGAAGGGCACAGAAAGGGCAAAAGUUCUCCUAUCCAGCCAGCCGGUCCAGUGGGAGUCUGUACAGCGGUUCAUAAAUGGGUUUGAAUUGCAUGUGAAGGUUUCUUUUCUAUUUCACAUGCUCUUAAAAGCUCAUUUAUCCAAGUGAUUUUUUUAAUAAGUGAAAGUAAAUAAGUGUAUUUUCUCAUGAUGUUUUAUUUUGCCAUCCUCGUGUCUGCCUUCUGUUUAUUCUCUUCAUUAUUAUUGAAUGUAUAUAAUAAAUAAACUGUUUGGUUUUUA